AUGACCACACUCGUUGUCGGCAUCGAGUUGGGUGGCAUUGGUGUCCUACUGCUGUUCAGCCUGUGCUACACCAGCUUACUGCUUAGAAGUCGGCGCCGGGAGCCUCUGUUGGAGGGCAACGAAGACGGAGAUGUCACCAAGGCCUCGAUCAUCAGGUACAAUGACUCUUCGUCAAGAAACACCCCCGCGAACGUCGCCGUGCUUGGCCUCAUCGCCGCCAUAGCGCGAAGCACACUGACUCUCAUUCUCUCCCACCAACGAAGACUUGAAGACUGGACUCACGCAGCAGCUUGGUUGCUGCUCUUGGCACAAUGUGUCGUCGCUCGCUUGUCACAGCAGCAAUAUAUACUCGGCUUCUCGACGGCUGUAUCAUCGUUGCUUCUAAUACUAGGCCGAUCAUGGUCUCAUUUCUUCAAUGAGCAUGCGUUGCCUCAUACCGACGUUGUCAUCCCAAUUCUCUUGCAUAUCUUUUCUACCAUGGAGGUCCUAGCGGCCGCAGUCAUCGCUAUUGCCUCACUUUCUUCACCUCGAUCUCCUGAUGUAUACUGCAAAGGUCGGUUGGUGGACAGACAAGAUUACUGCUCGGCGCUCGCAAGAUACUCAUUCAGUUGGGCGCUUUCCCUUCUCGCCUGGGGCAAAGCCGCAUCGCUAAUCUACUUCUCCGACCUCCCAGCCAUGAGCCACAAAUUCCGAGCCCAGAACCUCGAAGCUCGAUUUCUGAAUAGCUCAACUCACGGCCGACGAUCCAUCUUCUCUCUUCUUCUGAGAUCCCAUAAAGGUCUGUUCAUCUGGCAGUGGUGUCUGACUAUCGUCCAAAGCUUCACGGCUUAUGGGCCGCAGUUCGCUAUGUACAAGAUCCUGACGCUGUUGGAGGCGCACGGUUCCAGGGAUGCGCAGAAUGAGCGCAAGCUGUGGGUUUGGGCUCUGGCUUUGGGGGCGGUACGAGUCUUUCAGACUUUUGUUGAGGCGAGGUUGGCGUGGCUUUCUUUUGCGGAGCUGGCGAUCUCGAUACGGGCGCAGCUUUCUGCCGCUAUUUUUGGCAAAUGUAUGCGCAUGGACAUUGUUAAAGACGGAAGUAAUUCCAGGAAAUCGGAUGAUGGUACAGUCCAGGUUGCGGAGAAAGAAGAGGAAGCAAGACUUCUUUCAUCCGACGACGAUGAAAAUGACAUCCCACUGGAGAAACUCAGUCAGGAUGGCAGCACCCAAGAAACAAAGAUCGACGACGCCGCAGUCGGCAACCAGGAUGCUGUCAACCUACUAAGUGUGGAUGCUCAAAGGAUUGCAGACUUCUCUUCUUUCAGCAAUAUCUUUCCAAGUGUCACCGUGACUUCCCUAAUCGCAAUCAUAGUACUAGUCAGAUUGAUCGGUUUGAUCAGUCUCGUAGCUGGAUUGUCAGCCUCUUUGAUCCUAGUGCCACUCAAUACAUGGUCUUCCAAAAGAUAUAAUCAAGCCCAAAUCGACCUCAUGAAAGCUCGAGAUGACAAAGCCAAGCUCCUGUCUGAAGCCAUGCAAGGUAUCCGGCAGAUCAAAUUCUCUGCGACAGAAGACGAAUGGGAAGGUCGAAUCAUGGACAUAAGAAGAGCCGAGCUGUCACAACAAAGAAAGAUCUUCAUGUGGGCGCUAGUCCUAAGAUUUUGCUGGGUAGCUUCACCCAUAUUUCUUUCCGUUGCAGCUCUUUCGACUUACGCCUGGACAAAUGGCUCGCUCUCUGCGUCGCUUGCUUUCACUUCGCUCGCGAUCUUCGGCAAUCUCGAAUGGUGUCUCAGCGUCGUACCUCUAUUUAUCGCACAAUUGCUGGAUGCAAGGGUGAGCGGGAUGAGGAUCAUGGGUUUGCUGAACAGCGACGAGAGAUUGGACACGCGGCAGGAGUUGGAUGACAUCGAAAUGACCAAUGUAGCGGUCUCCUGGCCUGGGAUUGAUACUUUUCGCCUAAGUGUGGAUGCAAAGUUUCCUCAAGGCGAGCUGAGUGUUAUUCACGGCCGUAGCGGCUCUGGCAAAAGUCUACUUCUCGCGUCAAUCAUCGGUGAAGCCAAAGCUCAUGGCGGCAAGAUCACCAUUCCAAGACCGUCUUUACCAAGAAGCUCCGAGUGGAUGGUUCCUGGCAUGGUAGCAUUUGUAUCACAGACACCAUGGCUCGAGAAUGCGACCUUGAAGAGCAACAUACUCUUCGGUCUUCCAUUUCAUGAAUCACGUUACACAGACGCCCUCCAAGCUUGUGCACUAGGUGGAGAUCUGAAAAUCCUGCCCGAUGGUGAUCUUACGGAAAUUGGUGCUCGAGGUGUCAAUCUUAGCGGCGGGCAGCGAUGGCGAGUUUCACUGGCUCGAGCUUUCUACUCUAGAGCAAGCAUUUUGAUCAUGGAUGACAUUUUCAGCGCUGUUGAUGUGCAUGUUGGAUAUCAUAUAUACAACGAAGGCCUUAUGGGACCAAUAUGUACAGGAAGGACUAGGAUAUUGGCUACACACCAUGUCUCCUUGAUACUGUCAGGAGCGUCAUGCCUCGUUCACGUCCAAAAUGGCAUUGCUAAUAGUGAAACGAGGGUGAAAGUACAUGCCGAAACUUCUGCGCUAGACAAUGAAAGCGCCCAGUCUCUUUCGUAUCCUUCAAAUCGACCAGACGAAGAUGUCUAUGAGGAUAUCACUGAAAAAGUGAAGUUGAAUGAAAGCGGUGAAAAGCAAAGUCCAAAGAAGUUUGUCGAAGACGAAAGUCGAGAGCAUGGCCACGUUCGAUGGGCUACAUACAGUACGUAUCUACGCGCAUCAGGUAGUUUCUGGCUAUGGAUCCCUGCACUGGCAGCAAUUGCAGCUUCUCAACUCGCGCUGCUGGGAAGAGGGUGGUGGAUGAAGAAAUGGACCGCGGCUACUGCUUCUGACGUGGCAAGCGAACAAGCCUCACUCAAGCUGUUCUUGAUGGCAUACGUUGGAAUCUCCCUUACAGCAGCUUUGCUUGAGAUUCUAAAGUGUCUGCUUGUCUACCUCGGCGGACUUCGCGCAUCAAAGACGUUGUUCAGUAAUCUGAUCUCCAAGGUUUUGAGAGCAAACACGCGAUGGCUUGAUACCGUUCCAUUCGGCAGGAUCAUGAAUCGAUUUACUGCUGAUUUCAACGCCGUUGACUCCAGAGUACCAGCAGAGAACCACGCUCUACUCUCUGCCGGCAUGUCUCUCUUCUGCAUCUUCAUCGCAGGAAUACUGCUAUCGCCGUACAUGGCCGCUCCCUAUCUGGUCCUUCUAGCAGCAAGCCUUUACUAUACGCUGCAAUACAUCGGCGCAGCAAGAGAAAUCAGGCGCUUAGAAGCCACAGCCCGAUCUCCGAUACUGGACCUGUUCGGCAACGCCAUGCCCGGUCUGGAUACCUUACGGGCCUUCGGCAAGGUCCAAGAUUACACUACUCGAAUGUGCGAUCACAUAGACAGCUGGAGUCAAUCAACGUGGGCUUUCUGGCUGGUGACUCAAUGGAUGAGCUUCCGCAUGGGUUUGAUCGGUGCACUCUUCACAACAGCUGUCGCCAUAGCUAUCGCGAUGCUGAAACAUGUCGACGCUUCCCUAGCAGGGUUCGUACUUCUUUUCGCACUGAACUACUCCAAAGCGAUGGAAGACACGAUCCGCAGAUCUGCAGCUUUUCAAUUCAACAUGAACUCCAUUGAACGCAUAGUUGAGUUCACAGACCUGGAGAGCGAACCAAAGGAAGGUCAAGUACCCCCGGCCUCCUGGCCAUCUGAAGGCCAGAUCAAUACCGCCAAUCUAUCCGUGAGCUACGCGCCGCAUCUCCCACCAGUGUUACACAAUCUUUCCAUCACAAUAGCUCCAGGCGAGCGAGUUGGGAUCGUCGGCCGCACUGGAGCUGGCAAGUCCUCAUUGACUCUCGCGCUGUUCCGAUGUCUGCAAGUCAUGAGUGGACGUAUCACCAUCGACGGCAUAGACAUCUCCCAAUUAAGACUCAAGGACUUCAGACAGCGCAUGACACUGAUACCGCAAGACCCAGUACUCUUCUCAGGCACCAUCCGCUCUGCGCUGGACCCGCUGAGCGAACACACCGACAAGGACCUUCUGAACGCUCUGCGAAAGAUGCAUCUAUUCGAAAACCCUGAUUUUUCUGUCAAGACUAAAACGGAGAAGAAAACAAACCCAGAUCUUUUCGCCAACCUAGACCACCACAUCCACGACCACGGCUCCAAUCUCUCACAAGGCCAGAAACAAUUGCUGUGUCUCGCUCGCGCCACCCUUUCACAAUCUCGCAAUAAGAUUGUUGUGCUAGAUGAAGCAACAUCGGCAGUGGAUACUGCUACUGAUGCCAUCAUUCAACGGACUAUGAGAGAAUUGUUCCAUGGGUGUACUGUGAUUGUGAUAGCGCAUCGGCUGGAAACGGUCAGUGGGUUUGAUCGAGUCAUUGUCAUGGAAGGAGGGAGAGUAGUGGAGGAAGGGCCACCAGCGCUUCUGAUAAAGAGAACAGGCGGAGUGUUUGAGGGGAUGGUGAGGCAGGGAAAUCAACGAAGAAGCAUUGAGGUGGGAGGAUGA